AUGCCUCUACGCGCCAAGGUGACCAACCCUGCUUUCAAGGCCACAGCUAUGAUGUCGACUUCACCGGAUAUUCCCAAAGAGCUCCCAGGCGAUGAGCCCGACGAUGUUCUGUUUAACUCGAUCUACGGCCUCCGCAGCGUUGAGCUCAACCGCCCCAAAAAGCUCAAUUCCCUGAACGGCUCGAUGGCUCGCAAGAUUCUUCCCCGGUUGAAGGAGUGGGAGAAGUCUCAUCUUGCGAACAUGAUCCUCAUUUCCGGAGCUGGCACCAAGGCUCUCUGCGCAGGAGGCGAUAUUGCCGCCCUGGCAUUGCAGAACGAAACUGGAAAGAAAGGACAAAAGGCCUCCACAGAAUUCUUUGGACUCGAAUACCGUCUCGACCACCUGAUCGCUACAUACUCGAAGCCCGUUAUCUCAUUUAUGGAUGGAAUCACCAUGGGUGGUGGUGUCGGCCUCAGCAUGCACGCCCCGUUCCGAAUUGCGACUGAACGUACCGUCUUCGCUAUGCCCGAGACUACUAUUGGCUUCUUCCCCGACGUUGGCGGCUCGUUCUUCUUGCCGCGUCUCGACGGUGAGACCGGCACAUACCUCGCUCUGACCUCGGAGCGCCUCAAGGGUGUUCAGGCUUUGUAUGCCGGUAUUGCUACGCACUAUCUGCACUCCAGUGUUCUGAGCAACGUCGCCCAGCGUCUUUCGGAGUUGACUUUCCCCGACCACGUCGAGCUUCCCGAGCGAUUGGAGAUUGUGAACAAGACCAUGGCUGAGUUCUCUGUCGGUCUUCCUCCGCUUGAGGAGGAGCCUAUGCUCAUGGCUGGCAGCCUGCGCACUGCGAUCGACCGCUGCUUCGGUUUCAACACCGUGGAGGAGAUCGUCGAGGCUCUGGAGAAGGAGACUGAGCACAAGGAGUGGGCACAGAAGACAUUGGAGACCCUGUUAAGCCGCUCCCCGACCUCUUUGAAGGUGACCCUGCGCCAGCUGCGUCUCGGCAAGAAGUGGGGAAUUUCUGAGGCUUUCCAGCGUGAGCACGAGAUCGCGGCCAACUUCAUGCGCCACCCCGAUUUCGUCGAGGGUGUCAAGGCCCGUCUGAUGUCCAAGCCUGCUCGCCAGGCUAACUGGAAGCCCGCCACCCUCAAGGAAGUCUCCAAGAAGACCGUGGAAAACUUCUUCAAGAUUCCCGAAGGCGAGUCCCGUCUUCCCCUUCUUAGCAAGAGCGAUUACCACAACUACCCCCACGCCCACUUCGCCCUUCCCUCCGAGAAGGAGAUUGAGCAGGUUGUGCGUGAAGGCCACGCAUCGCGGAGACCCGUGAUCGACCACUUCCUCCAGAAAUACGCCCACCGCGAGGGUGUGCGCCGAAAGGUCGUUGAGGUCAUUGCCCGACGGACGACAACAUCUUCUCCCGAAGGACUCAAGUGGAUUUAA